GUUUUGACGUUGCGUCAUGCGUCGUCCGUAUCGUCGUGGCGACCUCUGUGCUCGGUGAACGUGUGUCGUGGAGAUUUCAAUUUUCGUUCCAUUUUUCAUCCGUGCAUGUAUUUUGUGUUUUCCAUCUGUAAAUCCUCGAAAGAUGACGACCCAGCCACCAACUACGCCUGUUCCAAAGCGAGGAAUUGUUAAACAAGUAAUAUUUAUUUUAUUUAUACUUUCACGGCGUUUUUCUGUACAUAUUUAACGGCGAUAGGUAUCGGGACGAAAAUCUAUAACACACUUUUGAAUCUUGCUCUGCUGGCAUGCUGGAUUGGCAUAUGUAAUUUACACUGUAGGUUCUACAUGUGAACGUUCUAGAUGUAUCUCAGCUAGUUCGUAAGGACGUUUAAUUCAGUAUAGUCAUCAUUCGAUGAAUAUUCCGCAACUUUAACAUCUAGGUUAUGGAAGUUGACUUGUGAGUUGGCAUGUGUUGGUGACGACCUAAAGUACUAUCUGCUUUCAGAUUCUCUCAGGAGAUUCUGUCAUAAUCAGGGCAACUGUGGGAGCUCCACCGCCCGAAAAACAAAUCAAUUUUUCGGGAAUUACAGCUCCAAAACUUGUUCGAAGAGGUACAGAUGGUGGAGAUGCCACUAAGGAUGAGCCAUGGGCUUGGGAAGCUAGAGAAUUCCUGCGUAAGAAGUUGAUUGGAGAAGAGGUGUAUUUUACUGCUGAGAAACCACCGAAUGCUCAGCGAGAAUAUGGGACCGUUUUCUUGGGGAAAGAUUUUGCUACGGCUGAAAACAUCACUGAAUCAUUGGUAUCCGAAGGAUUGGUGAGCGUAAGACGCGAAGGCGUGCGACAAACUCCCGAACUGACCCACCUUUGCGAACUCGAAGACGCUGCUAAAGCCGCAGGAAAAGGAAAAUGGGGACCAAACCCAUUGGAACAUGUGCGUGAUGUCAAGUGGACAGUGGACAACAUGAAGGCGUUCGUGGACAAACACGAGUAUCAACCCAUAAAAGCAGUCAUUGAACAUGUACGAGACGGGUCUACCGUACGCGCUUUACUGCUGCCAGACUUCUACAGCAUCACUCUAAUGAUUUCUGGUAUACGGUGUCCAGGCUUCAAGUUGGAUGACAAAGGAAGACCGGACCCGAACAUCAAAGUGGAAUAUGCCGAGGAAGCGCGUUAUUUUGUCGAAGUACGACUUUUACAAAGGGACGUCGAGAUCGUCCUGGAAUCUGUGAACAACAACAAUUUCAUCGGUACCAUCGUCCACCCUAAAGGAAACAUCGCUGAAUUGCUGUUGAGAGAAGGAUUUGCGAGAUGCGUAGAUUGGUCAAUAAGGAAUGUGCGGUCUGGCGCUGAAACUCUGCGAGCUGCGGAAAGACAAGCAAAAGAGGGCAGAAAACGUCUGUGGAAGGACUACGUGCCAUCAACACCGAGGAUCACCGGCAAGGAAAGGGAAUUCAAUGCGACGGUCAUGGAAAUCAACAACGGCGAUGCACUUGUCGUGAAACUGCCUGACGGAAAACUGAAGAAGAUCUUCCUUGCCAGCGUACGCCCUCCCAGGGAAGCCGGACGAGGUAAUGACGACGAUGGCAAGCCUUUACCUAGAUCAAAGUCUUUUCGACCCCUUUAUGACAUUCCGUAUAUGUUCGAAGCGAGGGAGUAUUUGAGGAAAAAGUUGAUUGGAAAGAAAGUUCAUGUCGUUGUCGAUUACAUUCAGGCUGCUAGAGAUGGAUAUCCUGAAAAAACUUGCGCUACCGUCACCGUUAACUCAAAGAAUGUUGCCGAAGCGCUAGUUUCUAAAGGACUGGCGACCGUCGUGAAAUAUAGGCAGGAUGACGAUCAACGCAGCUCACGAUACGACGAUUUGUUAACCGCUGAAAAUAAAGCGAUGAAGUCUCUGCUGGGUCUUCACUCGAAGAAAGAUGCUCCUCCUCUGCGCGUCACCGAAAUCGAUUCAUCGAGAGCAAAAUUAGAAUUACCCUCGUUACAAAGGGCGCAACGGAUUGACGCUAUUGUCGAGUUUGUGACCAGCGGAUCGAGGUUGAGAUUGUACAUUCCUAAAUCUAACAGCUUGUGCACUUUCCUUUUGGGAGGAAUAAACUGUCCGCGAGCUAGCCGCCAAGAUACAGGGGCAGCUGGUGAUCCUUUCGGCGACGAGGCGCUUGCAUUUACAAAAGAAAAAUGUAUGCAACGCGAAGUUUCCAUUCAGGUUGACACGCACGACAAAGCCGGCAACUUUAUCGGCUGGUUGUGGGUCGAUAACGUUAACAUGUCGGUCGCUUUAGUGAACGAGGGAUUUGCUUCUGUGCACUUUACUGGGGAAAAAUCGCAAUAUGCUCAACAACUGAAAAGUGCCGAAGAAAGCGCGAAAUCUCAAAAAUUGAGGAUAUGGAAGAACUGCGUGGAAGAAGAGAAGGUCGAGAAAAAGGAAGAAGAAAAAGUGCCCACAGAUCGACAGAUCAACUACGAAGAGGUCGUCGUCACUGAAAUAACGCCAGAAGCGCAUUUCUAUGCCCAACUUGUGCAAGACGGUGCCAAAGCGGAGGCUUUAUCGGCUAAGCUGCGUCAAGAAUUCGAUGCAAACCCGCCUUUGCCGUGCUCGUAUAACCCGAAAAAGGGAGACCUUUGCGCUGCCAAGUUCACCGUCGACGACGUAUGGUACCGCGCUAAAGUCGAGAAAGUCCAAGGAGGUCAAGCUACAGUACACUACAUCGACUACGGUAACAGAGAGACUCUUCCUUCGAGCCGUCUUGCCAGCCUACCUGCCGCUUACGCUUCGGACAAGCCGUUCGCGACCGAGUACAUCCUGCCUUACGUGACCCUGCCCAAGGAUGACGAAUAUGCGGCGAUGGCGCUGAAAUAUUUGAAGGACGACACUGCGGUACCUAUACUUCUGCUGAACGUCGAGUAUCGCGUCCCCGGAUCCCCUCCAGCUGCAUCGCUGCACACCGACAAAAUCACCGAGGCAGAUCUCGUACGGAACCUUAUCCAGGAGGGUCUGCUUAUUGUUGAAAAUGUCAAGGGCAGGCGGCAAAAUAAACUGCUGGAGAGUUAUAAAGAAGCUCAAGAACAAGCUAAAAGGGAGCACGUGAACAUCUGGGAGUAUGGCGAUAUCACUGAAGACGAUGCUAAAGAAUUUGGGCUUGGUAACUGAGUGGCAAAAUCGACCAGUUCAUUAGGACAGUCAAAAUAUAUACAUGCAUACAAGUCACGUUCAUCCAGCUGGACUUCCAUUAUGGCGCUUUGGCAUAUAAAUACCUUUGAAAAUAAGAUAUAUUUUUCUUAACACAAUAUCUAGGUGUAUUCUUGUUUAUAUAUAUACAGGGCGUCCCAACAUUCCGUGGACCUACGACUACGACGUAUUUUUAGACUCAAAAUAAGUCGAUUUUUUAAAACAUAUUUUUUUCAUAUAUUUUUGGAACCUAGUCCGAUUUGAAUGAAAUUUGGAACACAUAAGUUUUGUUAUAUGUUCUAAGAUUUAUGAAAAACCCCUACAUAAAUUAUUGCAGAGUUUUUUGACAAAUUUCCCGACGACACUGAUUUUGUUUUAUUCAGCAGAUUUUUUUAUUUACCUAUUUUUUGUGCCCUAUUACAAUAGGCCACGUUUGAUAGUUUUCGAGAAAAAAAUUAGAGGCAUCAGUAGAUUCCCAAGCGUCUUAUUAUCUAAAAAAUGUUUUAAAAAUAAAACAAACUAGGCACUUUUGCUUAAUCAUGUCCAACCAACUGAUUUUGAGUCAAAACAUACGCGGUACUUCUAUGUCUACGGAAUAUUGGUGGACAUAGAAUACAAGGUGUUCAGAAAGUGUAGGAUAAUACCGCAGCUACAAAUAGACCUACCAUAUGGCAAAAUUUCGUUUAAUUCUUUCACAUCGCUUCGGCGUAUAAAUAGCUAUAUGAAUACGGUAUAUUUUUAUUAACACCAUAUUUAGGUGUAUUUGUUGUUUUUAUGUGUAAUUUAUAUAUAUAGAUAUCAUUGGUGGCCUUGUCUUUGUAUUUAUCGCAUCUUUUUUUGUCAAUCGUAUACAUUCUUGUACAGAACAUUUUAUGUAUAUUUUGGAACUGAAAAUCAGCCUGAAUUGAAUAAAACAUCUAAGGAGGUACCGAUAUCA